AUGGACCAAGAGCAGAGUUCAGAGAUGGACGUUCCCAAUCUGGGGCCGCUGCUGAAUCGCACAAUAUGGCUGCUUGCAAGCAUCGCGGCCCUCUUUCUUGGGUUGAGGAUCUAUUCCAAAGUGUCGCGGGGAAGAUCGCUCUGGUGGGAUGACCACUUUCUCGUCGCAAGCUUCGCUGCACUGAUAGUGUCGACUUCUCUGCAGUCGGUCUGCGUCGCCCUCGACCUCGGCAAGCCCAACUAUGCCGUUAACCUCGCCACGCUCAACAAAAUGAACAUGUAUUCAUACAUGGCGGGAUUCUUCUCUCUCCUUGCCCUCAUCUGGAGCAAGCUCUCUUUCGCUCUCACGCUCCUUUGCAUCUCGAGUGGUUGGACAAAAAGAUUUGUGUGGUUCAUCAUCAUCACGACAAAUCUCGUUCUGGGCGCCAACGCGACGGCGCAGUGGGUCCAGUGCUGGCCGGUAGAGAGGCUUUGGGAUAGUACGGUGAAAGGGUCUUGCUGGCCGAGGGAGACGGUCGAACAGGUCGGCACGAUAGGAACUGUUUAUUCCGGCGUCGUGGACAUCGUGCUGGCGAUGCUGCCUUGGAAGAUAAUAUGGAACGUGUCCAUCAAUAAGAAGGAGAAACUCGGCGCUCUGUUCGCAAUGAGCAUGGGAGUAUUCGCCGGUAUUACCUCGUUCCUUAAGUUGACUAGUAUCUAUGCCAUCUCGGACCCAAAUAUCGAAGGCGCUAUUACUAUCAUUGCUGCCUCGAUCCCUAUGCUGAGGCCCCUCUUCCAGAGUAAAUCUGCGCAGCCACCUCUGCGAGGUUUCGCACACAACAAUUACCGUCACACGAAAUUUGACUAUGAUGACGACAGUAAGAAGAAGGGGGCUGAUGUGGAAGUUGUCAUUUCCAUCUCACGGUGA